AGAACAGCGAGAAAAACAACCGCCACCAGAAGAAAGAGGGUUGGGGGGGGGGACAUGUCAAACGUACGCAUUUCCAAUGGGAGUCCUACCCUGGAGCGCAUGGAAGCCAGGCAGUCGGAGUACCCGAAGCCUUCAGCUUGUAGGAACCUCUUCGGGCCAGUGAACCACGAAGAGUUAAACAGGGACUUGAAGAAGUACCGCAAGGAGAUGGAGGAGGCAUGCCAGAGGAAGUGGAAUUUCGAUUUCCAGAAUCACAAGCCCCUGGAAGGCAGGUACGAGUGGCAAGCUGUGGAGAAGGGGAGCUCCCCCGACUUCUACUUCAGGCCCCCGAGGCUACUGAAAGCCGUCUGCAAAUCCGCCGGCCACCAGAGCUUGGAUGUAAACGGGAAUUGCCAGGCCGUGAUUUUUGUUGGUUCUCAGGGAAUCUCAGAGGACACUCACUGUGUAGAUCAAAAGACUGAUGUUUCAGAAAAUCAGACGGACUUUGCAGAGCAGUGCACUGGGCAGAGGAAAAGACCUGCCACUGACGAUUCUUCUCCUCAAAAUAAAAGAGCCAACACAACAGAAGAAGAGGUUUCAGAAGGCUCCCCCAGUGCAAGUUCAGUGGAGCAAACACCCAAGAAAUCAAGCCCAAGAAGACAUCAAACGUAAACUGUUUAGAGCUUGGAAGGUGCAUGUCCUUGUUCAUCGGAUGCCUCGGAGGGUCCGUGAAGCAAGGGAGGUGUAAACUUGUAGUAAAAAUGAAAAUACAUAUCGCCGAUCUCCAUCGGAUGGAGAUCCUGUACAAGCACUGAAAAACAACAACAAACAAAAACAAAUAACACUAAAAUUUUAGGCACUCUUAAAAGGCCUGCCUUUAAAAGCAUUGGAUGUAGCAUUGUGCAAUUAGGUGUUUCCUUAUUUGCUUCAUUGUACUACCUGUGUAUAUAGUUUUUACCUUAUGUAGCACAUAAACCUUUCUGGGGGGAGGGAGGGCAUGGAAGAGAGUGACUGAUUGAAACUUGCUUUCACAAUCUAGCAAGUAAAGAAGCGAAUGAAGAAAAGCAGUGUAGGGUGUUUUUUUGUUACUUAAAGAUGUAUUGUCCCUUUAAGUGGGUCGACCAUGUUUUUCUUUAUUCCCCCCCCCUUUUUUUGUGCACCAUCAUGCUAACACUGGUUAUAGCAGAUUAUUAGAGGCUGCUUGUUAAAUUUCUACUUACUAAGCUGAAGAGGUGGGAGCUGUGAUGAUUCCGUUAUGUAACAGCAAAAGGCUUUGUUCACCCGCCUCCCUCCCCUCCCCAGCUUUGAAUUCCUAUAGCAAAUUUGAAUGCUGGUAAAAGUUUUAUAAAUGCAUCCCAUUGUUACGUUGCCUAUUAAAAAACAAACAAACAAACAAAAAA